ACAUUGCCACAUGGCUUUAGAAACUCCAUGAUUGGUGAAUCACCGUAUUGAUCCAAAUUUAUGGAUUGGUUUCUAAUCGUUAUUACCCCACCAUUUCUCCCUCCUUUCCCAAGUUCUUUUCCUUCGGUGGAAAAACCAUUUGUAAACUUCUCUGAAAAAAAGAACAAACACCGACAACCACCACAGCUUUUUGUUUUUAUUUUUUACAUGAACAAUGGCUUCAACUCUGUUUUUCAAUUCUAUGAACCUCUCAACUACACUUUUCUCAAGAUCCCACUUGCCAUUUCCCAUCACCAAAGACAUCCCUCUGGAAUUUUCUCCAUAUUUUCAGUAUAACUAUCCCUGUAGAAGCAGAUCAGCAAAUGGGCAGAAGAAGAAUUUCACAGAAGUGAGAGCUACGGUAGCAGAGAGCCCCGUAGUAGCUCCACCGACUGAAAGCAGUGGAGCUCCGCAGAAGAAGCUUCGAAUACUGAUCGCCGGGGGAGGGAUCGGAGGUCUUGUUUUGGCUUUGGCGGCGAAGAAGAAAGGGUUCGAGGUGAUGGUGUUCGAGAAAGAUUUAAGUGCUAUUAGAGGGGAAGGACAAUACAGAGGUCCAAUUCAAAUACAGAGCAAUGCAUUGGCUGCUUUGGAGGCUAUUGAUUUGGAUGUUGCUGAGGAGGUUAUGAAGGUUGGUUGUAUUACUGGUGACCGGAUAAAUGGGUUGGUUGAUGGGGUUUCUGGUACUUGGUACAUCAAGUUUGACACGUUCACUCCUGCAGCGGAACGGGGGCUUCCAGUUACAAGAGUUAUAAGCAGAAUGGCCUUGCAACAAAUCCUUGCUAGAGCUGUUGGGGAAGAUAUCAUUAUGAAUGAUAGUAAUGUUGUUAGCUUUGAGGAUCGUGGAGACAAGGUUAUUGUAAAGCUGGAGAAUGGUCAGAGUUACGAAGGUGAUAUUCUGGUUGGAGCUGAUGGUAUAUGGUCAAAGGUAAGGAAGAACUUAUUUGGGCCAAAGGAAGCUACAUACUCAGGGUAUACUUGUUAUACUGGUAUUGCAGAUUUUGUUCCUGCCGACAUUGACACUGUGGGGUACCGCGUAUUUUUGGGACACAAACAAUACUUUGUUUCUUCAGAUGUGGGCGCAGGAAAGAUGCAGUGGUAUGCAUUUCACAAGGAACCACCUGGUGGUGUUGAUAGCCCCCGUGGUAAAAAGGAAAGGUUGCUUAAAAUAUUUGAAGGCUGGUGUGACAAUGUGAUAGAUCUGAUACUUUCCACGGAUGAAGAGGCAAUUCUUCGCCGUGACAUAUAUGACAGAGUACCGACUUUAACUUGGGGAAAGGGUCGUGUGACCUUGCUUGGAGAUUCAAUACAUGCUAUGCAGCCAAAUAUGGGCCAGGGAGGAUGCAUGGCUAUUGAGGAUAGCUAUCAGCUAGCAAUGGAGCUUGAUAAAGCAUGGAGUCAAAGCAUCAAAACAGGAACUCCUAUUGAUGUUGUUUCUUCUCUAAAAAGCUACGAGAGAGCUAGAAGAUUGAGAGUUGCUGUUAUCCAUGGAAUGGCUAGAAUGGCUGCAUUGAUGGCUUCAACUUACAAGGCUUAUCUGGGUGUAGGACUUGGUCCAUUGUCGUUUUUGACGAAGUUUAGGAUACCACAUCCAGGAAGAGUUGGUGGGAGAUUUUUUAUUGACAUUGCAAUGCCAUUGAUGUUAACUUGGGUUUUAGGUGGUAACAGCUCAAAACUUGAAGGUAGGUCACCAAGUUGCAGGCUCUCAGACAGAGCAAAUGACCAGUUACGCAAAUGGUUCGAGGAUGACGAUGCACUUGAACGUGCUAUUAGUGGAGAGUGGUUUCUUCUACCACAUGGAAAUGAAACUGGUGCUUUGCAACCUAUCUGUUUGAACAAAGAUGAGAACGAGCCAUACAUUGUCGGGAGCAUAUCACAUGAGAAUUUUCCAGGAUUGUCACUUGUACUACCUUUGCCCCAGGUUUCAAAAACACAUGCUCGUAUCAGCUACAAGGAUGGUGCCUACUUCUUGACUGACUUGAGAAGUGAACAUGGUAGCUGGAUCAGCGAUAAUGAGGGGAAGCGGUAUCGAGUACCUCCAAAUCUUCCAACUCGUUUCCGUCCAUCAGAUGUUAUUGAAUUUGGUUCUGAUAAGAAGGCUGCAUUUCGGGUUAAGGUAAUAGCAUCUUCUCCAACAAGAUCACAAGAGGAAGGGAAUCAAGGGAAUCAAAUUCUCCAAGCAGCUUGAGAAACAGUGACUGGAAUUGUCAUUACAAAAUUUUCCACAGGGAAAUGUACAGCAUUGGUUUCAGAAAAAAAAUUAUAAGAAUGUAAAUUUGUUGGUGCUUUCAUGAGAGUAGAAAGCAUUUACACGAAAUCUCAAUACUUGGAUGUAAAACAUGUCACUCUUUUACAUAAACAAUUGAGUUGAAAGGAAAAAUAUUUAUAUGAUUCCUUUCUAACAAUGAUGAUCGAUACUUAUACCAUUAUCAAGAAAGAUAUUCCAUACUUA